CUAUUCAGAAAAGAAAAAAAGUAGCUAAGCAGUGUAUAAAUUAUUAAGUUUCUCCUUGCUCGUCUGAUUGCUCUGGGUUUUUGAGAUGACAGGGGAGAUGGCAAGCCAUGAAGCUGGUGAGAUGAUGGUGGAAAACAGGGAAUGGGUUCUGAAGGAGUAUGUCAGCGAAGGUCUUCCAACUUCCCAUCACCUGAAACUCCAGACGGCGAAGCUGAGCACAGUCCCGGACGGUCAUCUCAUGUUUCGUAUCCUAUGGAUCUCUGUUGAUCCGUACACCAGAACCCAAAUGACCGGCCGAGAAGAGGGACUGUAUGCGCCACAGUUUGAGUUAAACCAGGCUGCGAGGGCUUUCGCGAUAGGCGAAGUAAUUCAAUCAAAGGACGUUAGUUACAGUGUUGGAGACAUUGUGGUCAUUCCAUUCUGUCCAGUGGCAGAAUACUGUGUUAAACCUGCAGAUUUGUUCCUCAGGAAAAUAGAUCCAACUCCUGGAGUCUCAGAACUUGAUUAUCUCACUGCAUUAGGCGUCCCCGGAUUUGCAGCAUGGGUGGGGAUAGUUGUACUUGGUGAUCCAAAGCCUGGGGAGAAUGUGUUCAUAUCGGCGGCUGCAGGCGGUGUUGGGGUUUUUGCUGGACAGUUGGCCAAACUUAGAGGAUGCAGAGUUGUUGGAAGUACAGGCUCCGAUGAAAAGGUGAAGUUUUUAAAAGAGGAGUUGGGUUAUGAUGAGGCAUUCAACUAUAAGACAGAGACUGAUUUUGAUGCUGCCUUGGCCAAGUAUUUCCCAAAUGGCAUCGACAUUUACCUUGACAAUGUUGGGGGUAAGAUGCUUGAAGCUGUUCUGAAUCAUGUGAAUGUCCGAGCUCGGAUUCCACUCUGCGGAAUGAUCUCACAGUACAAUAAGGUUUGGACUGAGAGAGAGGGGGUGAGAAAUCUGCUGAAUAUGGUGGGCAAAGAUGUAAGAAUGGAAGGUUUCAUGAUAGGUUCCUACUUACAUCGGUUUGGGGAAUUCAUGGAGGAAGUGAUUGGAUACCUUAAGGAAGGCAAGAUGAGCACAAAACAGAAAAUCUACCAUGGAAUUGAAAGCUUCUUGGAGAGCAUUUGCUCUCUUUUCACUGGCUCUAAUGCAGGAAAAGUUGUCAUCCAAGUCAACAAGCCCAUGAAACCCUGAAUUCUCUACCAAGUUUUAAUUGUAACCCUCUAUGUUUUUAAGUCCAGAAGUAUCUGGUUAUGGUACUUGAGGCCUAUAGAUGAGGCCCAUUGUUUAAAUGGAUGAUGGGUGUGCAACAUGCAUUUCAAUUUCCAA